AUGUUCGGAAACGGCAUUCACAGGAGUAGCGCUGCUUCUGGAGCGCAGUACGAGCGCGUUCCAAUUUUGCCGACAAAUCUCAUCAGGAAUUUCUCUUCAACUCCAAACAAAACCGCUUCGGAGGAAAAGCUUCAUUCAUCUUCAUUCAAGUACCAGCGAUUGAGCGAUCCAAGCAGAAGAUCAUUUUCUUUCAAAGAAAGUCGCCUUGGUCGGGCUUGGACAAAGACGAAAGAAGCGAUCAAACAAUACGGAGUUCUUUGGUUCAUCAUUUAUUGGGCUACGUUUGUGCCUCUUUUCAUGGUGUUCACGAUUCCCUUUCGUCUGGGCAUGGAAAUUGUUCCAACAGUAGAAUGGCUCGAUGAAAGAGGAUGGAUGGACUGGACGAAAGUCUUCAAAGUAGACACGCAGAAAGUUAUUGAGAGAAUUCACAACAAUGAUGACUUCGAAUUAAUGAACAAUCGAGUCACAGGUCAAAUAAAGUACGAAGGUCGAACGGCAAAUAUGUUUAUCACUACAUUCCUGAUAUGGGAGCUAGCAAAGCCCUUGCGCUAUCUUUUCUACCUGUUUCUCUGUAGAAGAACGGUCCUCUUCUGCAGGAAACGCGGCAUUCUUCCCAAGUUCUUCAAAAAGUUCUAA